UCAAUAGGAAUGUGGAUAACACCGGCAAUUCGCUGAUGACUGUCGAUAUAUGUUGAAAAAUUACAGCAUGUUUAGUUUGAGUAUGCAUUUGCUCCUAGCACUAUUCAUUUAAAGAUGAAUACUAUACCGGAGAUAUUUCAUUUGGUUGAAAAGUGGAGGAUAUGUACAAUGAUUUGAAAUUGAAAACUUUCAAAUCUACUUUAUUUAAUAAAAAACAAUAUACAGUUUUAGUAUAAAGCACCCUAAAAAAGAUUCAAAACCUCUGCUGGACUCGAACCUGCGAUCUGCAGUUCAAUAGUCGACAGGCUAACCUACUGAGCUACUCAGCUAUGUAAUAUUUGAAAUGAAUAGACAAAUAUUGCUGAUAUUCAUAUUUUCAGCCACGUUUUAAUAGGAAGUCAGCCAUUGUGACGAUAUCAAUAAUGUUCAGCUGGUAACCCACAUACACCUGAACUCUUGUUUACUUGAUAUUUUCCAAAAAUAAAACGUUACGUGAUAUCCAGCUGUCGUCAAGGGAAAUUACCAUGAGGGGAAUGUAUGGUAGCUCGGUCUCAGUCAACUUAUGGGUAGUAUUGUUGCGGUGCUUAAUCGUAACGAUCAGAAUUAUGCUUGAGAAUUUUAGGUGUAAUUUCACACCAAAAUGAUAGUACAUUGAACUAUGGAAGCCCCUAAAUUAGUUGUGAAGCAUACUAAUCAGAUUUCUGUUCGUCCUGUAGUGUUCUGAACAUGGAUAAUAUUAAGUUUUGUUUCAUUGGAUGGUGUGGUGUCAUCCUAUAUUUAGAAUACACGUGUUCUUCAGUAGUCGCAGGAAGCUGAUGUCGAGUGGGAACUGCCAUUAGUACUGCGAGCUUUGUGAAAUGAUCAGGUAUGACAAGGAUGUUCUGGACUCCUCCCUUUGAUGGUUCCAAGGAAAAAUAAUCCUUACAGGCCAAUUCUAAGAUUCCAUGAAUAUCUGUUCUCGUGCAAUACAUAAAAGAAGGAAGUUUUUUAACAGAACAGAAAUAUGAAUGAUACCUAGACCAGUAGCUACAACAGAGGCUUAAACUGUUUUUCAAACCUAAGUAUGGCGUCUGAUAAGAAAACAAGACAUGCAUCAGAUUCCAGUGUGAUAGACCCUAGUGAUUACAUCCCCACCCCUCCGGACGGAGGAUGGGGCUGGGUCAUUGUACUCAGUUCCUUUAUGUGUAACAUGAUCCUGGAUGGUCUCUGCUAUUCCUUUGGAGUUCUUCUCCCGAAGUGGGUGGAAGUAUUCCGAGAAACCAGAGAGACAGUGUCAUUGGUAGGAGCCCUAUUGUAUGGAGUAUUUCUCUGUGUAGGUCCUGUCGUGAGUGGAUUAACGAAUAAAUAUGGAUGUCGACUUGUAACAGUUGCGGGGAGUAUUUCUGCCAUGCUAGCAUUUCUAGCUGCAUCUUUCUCCAAAAAUAUCACAGUUCUAAUCUUAACAUACGGGUUUAUAGGGGGUUUGGGAUUUGGACUAAUAUAUCUUCCCUCCAAUGUGAUUGUGGGGUACUAUUUUGAAAAGAAACGCGCACUAGCGACUGGGAUAGCGCUCUGUGGAUCCGGAGUAGGGACAUUUAUUUUCGCGCCAGCAAGUGCCAUGAUGUUGGAUGCGUUCGACUGGAGGAGCUUAGUAAUGAUUCAAGCUGGUAUUGUGCUGAAUGCUUGUGUAUUCGGUAUGCUAAUGAGGCCGCUGGAACCAACAAAGAAGAUGAAACAAUCCUUAAGAAAACAAGGGAUUGAAAAUGCAAGAAAAAAGGCAGUGGGGAAUAGAAAGCGCAACGCCCACUCAGACUCUAGCAUGAAGGGUGCAGACGAAGUUACAAACUUCAAAACAAUAAAGAAAAUAGAAGCAAAACAAGAAGACGAAACUAAAACUAUAUCAUUUGAGAAUACUAGUGGUUUCCUAAAAGAUGUCAAAGCCCACGAAAUUCACCCUACCAUUGAGAACGGGUAUGCAAAGACAGAAAUGGAACCUUUCUUGUCUGUUCCUAUAUUAAGAGGUGACUCUUUCCAUCACGUGACGAAAUCGGACUAUUCUCGCCCUAUGUACCGACAAGACAUCUUUUAUAGCGGCAGUAUAACGAACAUGCCCGAAUACAAAUCUUCACAAUCAGACAUGAAACAGUACAUCGCGAGCAUUACCAACAUCCCCGAUAUCCCUUCCUCAUCAUGCUGGGACAGGUGUACAUGUCUGCCAAUGUCAGUUGUUGAUACAUUAAAAAACAUGUUGGAUAUCUCUCUGCUCACAGAUAUUCCUUUUCUCAUGAUAUGUGCUGGAAAUCUUCUAGCCAUGACUGGGUUUUAUGUUCCUUACACAUAUAUCGUGGAUCACGCUUUACAGCUUGGUAUUUCCAAACCUGAUGCUGCAUUUUUGCUCUCUGUCAUAGGUAUUGCCAACACGGUUGGGAGACUUUUGUCUGGACUUCUGGUCGACAUAUUUAAAUUGGAUGCGCUUGUUAUCAACAACAUAGCUUUGGUGCUGAGUGCUGUUCUUCUAUUCGUGGAACCAUUCUGUGAAGCCUACGAACUUUUAAUUGGCUUUUCAGUAUUAUAUGGCCUAUGUAUUGCUGCCUACAUCUCCUUAACCUCCAUCAUUAUCUGCAAUUUGCUUGGACUGAGAAAACUGACAAAUGCUCUCGGGCUCGUGAUUUUGGCUAGAGGCGUGGCAGGAAUGCUAGGACCUCCGGCCGCUGGGGCGGUGUACACGGCCACCGGCUCGUACAACUAUUCCUUCUGGUUGGGGGGGUUGAUGUUUGCUCUCGGUGCAGGCUGUCACCUGGUACUGCAUCUCCCAUGUGUCAAGAAAAAGGCGAAGGGGAACGAUUCCGGCGAAAUCGUUAUUGCUGAGGAAGAGGUCAGGGCAUUGAUGAAAGAUCGCGAGAAAAAUGUGUGAGCGAAGUGAAGAAGAAUAAGCUUUGAAAAUGUGUGUGUUUAAGACAAACCUUCUGAAUGGACAUUCAUCAACGAUGACACCUUGCAGAAGACGAAAUUAGUGACUUUGUUUUAUAAGGCAGUGUUUGAUAUGAUUUAUCUAGGUGAAGCUAAUGAGUCUCUAAAUAAAACAAUACCAAGA